GCUGGGAGUCCUCGAUCGAGAGAGACAGGGGUAGAGAGAUACUUCAUCAUCCAUGGUGCAGUGUGUGUGAGUGUGAGUGUGUGUGAAGCCACUCAGGGUCUGCGAGAUGUAUCUGAAUCGGGGUGAUCCCUCCUCUCCUCCCUCUCUCACAUCACUCCUCUGACAGAGAGCGGACAGUCGCCCACAAUAACCGGCUCUAUAGCAGCCUCUGGCUUAUCUCAUCUCCGCGGAUCGCCCCCGGUGCCGACCCGUACCGGCUGCUUCCCCCCUCUGUAUCAUCUAAAUCACACACACACACAGAAGCAAAAGAAAGAGAGAGAAUGAGAGAUGCGGUCGUGUUUCACUUUCUUUGCUUCCAAGGAGCCGUAUUUCUCACAUCUUUCCCCCGGAUCUUUGUUUCUGGACGGGAGGCUGCGGCUGCGUAAUGCUCCGCAGCAGUGGAGGCAGCAGAUGCGUUGAGCAGCCCAGCUCAUAGAUGUAUCUCUCCACGGUGACCACGGCCUGAUGCUGAAAUCCCUACAUUCAUGAGAAGGCAACAGGAAGCAGAUUACUGAGGGAUUAAACGCAUGCACACUUAUGCACAUGCACACACAGAGAGAAACACAGUUCCGGGAUUUGUCCGCUGUCCAACCGUGGAUCUCUCACUGAAUGAACUUGUCUGACUGACUGACUCUGGUACCAUGGAAGAAGAGGAGGAGCUGAUAGAGACUCAUUGAAUUUAACUCACGUAACCCCACCUCCUUUCACCCUGCCUCACCGUCGAAAGGCUUUGACUGGUCGAUAAGGAUUACAGAUUUAUUACAAACACAGUGGAGACAGAGAGGAGUGCAGAGCCGGGCGUCCGCCUGCUGCUGUCCCAUGAUGCAUCUACACAUGUAAGAGCAGGAUCAGCCACACAGAGGGCUGUUUCUAUGGAUACCCCUGCCCUGGGUAGUAUUAAUAAGACUCACUGAUAUCCUAUCUGCGCGUGAACAAAAUACAGUGAGAGAUUAGAAGUGCAUCGCUGCGGCAGACUAAAGCAUCAAAUAGCGUCUUUGGAGCAGAGAGAGACAUCAUCAAAAGCAAAAAAAUGUUGAAGGAGAAUAUGUUAUUUUUAAACAUGUAGGCUCGACUGUAGACGCUUUACACUCCUUGUCCUAAACACCUCAAAGGGUUUUUUUUUAAAUGUGAUACCUCAGCAGGUUCAGUAAAAGGAUGAUUUAAUAAGAAUCUGCCCACACAGGACCAGAAGAGGAGGUGAACAUGAUGCACAAAGACACUUCUUAGGCCUGAAGGAAAUAUCUUCUCCUCUAACCCGCUCAUGAUUCUGACAACAGCUCGAAAUUCUGGGUAUAACACUGGAACUUUUGUGGGCCCCUAAAACUGCCACCACCUUUCACCAAACUAGCUGUGUGACUGAAUUUUGGUCUUGUCUACAUGAGAACAAACAUCUACGUGCACCAGCUACCUAGACAAAAAUCAGGUCUUUAUUUAAGGUUCUGGACUCACCAGCAAAAUGUGACAUCAUGUGUACAAGACAAUAGCAAAGCACUUUUAAUCAAGCUUGAGGUACCUGGAAUCAUCUGUCAUCUCUCCCUAACACAUCCACACUGAGCUAUCAUGGCCCGACAAGACAUCCCCCUCUUCCUCCACGGCUUCGACCUGGGCGGCCACUUUGUUGACCUCCGACCUCUCGGCACAGGUGUUACAGGCCUGGUUCUCUCAGCUGUGGACCAGCGCAAAGGACAGCGUGUGGCAAUCAAGAAGCUGGUGAUGCGUGAUGCCGUGACGGUGAAGCACGCUCUGCGGGAGGUCAGAAUCACUCACCGGCUGCACCAUGAGAAUGUAGUGAGGGUUCAUGAGGUGUUGGCGCCAUACGGACGACCGCUGCCCAGAGACCCGGCCCAGCUGAGCGCCCUGUACAUCGUUCAGGAGUGCAUGGAGACAGAUCUGGCUCGGCUGCUGGAGCAAGGACCGCUAUCCACAGGUCAUGCUACUCUGCUGUUCUACCAGCUGCUGAGGGGACUGAAGUUCAUCCAUUCAGCCAACGUCCUGCACAGAGAUCUGAAGCCUGCCAACAUAUUCAUCAACACUGACCAACUGCUGCUCAAGAUAGGAGACUUCGGGCUGGCCAGGAUAGUCGACCCUCAUUAUUCUCACAAGGGCUAUCUGUCCGAGGGUCUGGUAACUAAGUGGUACUGUUCCCCCCGUCUGCUCCUGUCCCCCAACAACUACACCAAGGCCAUCGACAUGUGGGCCGCUGGCUGCAUACUGGCUGAGAUGCUAACUGGACGCAUGCUGUUUGCAGGAGCUCAUGAGCUGGAGCAGAUGCAGCUGAUUCUCGACACAGUGCCAGUGCUGAGGGAGGAGGACAGGCAGGACCUGCUACAGGUGAUGCCUUCAUAUGUCAGUCAUGGAUGGAGAGUCAAGAAACCCUUCUCUGAAUUGCUGCCUGAAGUGGAUGCUCAGGGUGAGCUGAGGGGAUUGAGAAGUGCUGUGGAUUUCCUUGAGCGUAUCUUGACCUUUAACCCCAUGGAUCGGCUGACGGCUGAAGCAGCGCUGUCGCACCCCUUCCUCCAGCAGUACUCCUGUCCUGAGGAUGAGCCCACCUCGUUGCACCCCUUCCGCAUCGAAGACGAACUGGAGGACAACCUUGUUACCGAGCAGAGCCUCAGCAACAGCAACAGUCAGGCCUCCAGCAUCCACUGGGAGAGGUACGAGACCAGUUUAUCAACAGAUGUGUCCUGGCAGCAGUCAGGAGGGGGGUGUCGCUGCAUGCCCCCUGGCCACAUGACGUCUGACAUGGGAGACACCACAGAGGAAGAGGAGGUGCAGAGAGACCCCCGGGCCAGUUCCACCUCACUGUUAGAGGAGGCGCAGGUCGACCCACGCAAGUAUUCCCACAGCAGCUCAGCAGAACGCUUCCUGGAGAACUCCCACUCCUCUCUGGAACGAGCCUGUGGUUCAGGGUACGGGGAACUGGACUGUGGCCGCUCCUGUGACUACAAAGUGGGAUCCCCUUCAUAUCUCGAUAAAAUUGCCUGGAGGGAGGGCAAGCCUCAACACUACUCAGAGCCUAAGCUGAUCCUGGAUCUUUCUCACUGGAAGCGCAACACCACCAGCCUCCCUGUGCCUGCUGAGCCUAUUGGGGGCAGCGUGGAGGACUUAGGGGAGAUGAAAGAGGAGGAGGCGGAAGAGGAAGAAGAGGAGGAGACGGGGGAUUUAUUCCAAGAGAUCUCUCGCUGGGUGGAGAGCACCCAGUCUCGCUUGCACUCACCCAGUCCCAGUCCUUCUUUGGAGCAACGUUCACCCUCCUGCUACACCUCCUCUCCCCCUCUCCCACUCUCCCCGACUGACCUUCCGACUCCAGUCUUCCACUACACGGAAGUUGUGCAGCACCCAUCAGCUGAAUUCGAUGAAGACAGACUGAGCCCACUUCAGCCUGUCACAUCUUCCUCUAAUUCCCUUCCCUCACUCCUCCCUUCAUCUCCCACCUCUCCACUUCCUGUUGAGUCACCUCAAACAGCGUCUCCCCCCAUCUCGCCACUUUUUCCUCCCACAGAAUCUCAACCUCUUUCCUCUACGUCCUCCAUUUCUCAGCCAGUAAACAAUGAACCUAUGGAGUCACUUCCUGUCAAGCAAAAGGAGCGGCUAUUUGACCUGGACGUGUUCAUAUCCCGAGCACUGAAACUGUGCAGGCAGAAUAAGGAGAAAGCAGAUGGGAAGAAGGGAAAAGACGGAGGAUGGAGGGAAGAAAGCAAACAGCAGAACAUUACCCGAAAGGUUCCUAGGCUUCCAGAGCAUAGGACUCCACCACCACCACAGACUCCCAACUCUUGAUGUUGAAUUUCAACUUCAGGUCCACCACAGUAUAACACCAUAAUGGGUAGCACUUCCAAAUGCUCAUACUGCUUUACGUAGUGAGGGGUGAAGAUGCUGCUUAAACAUUAGACCUUAGUGUUAGCGGUCUUUUCCCUACUAUUGCAAUGACACGCUACACGCUGUGACUAAAACCCUCACUUAAACAAGCAAUCCUGCAGCUUUGUAAAGAGGUGCUCUCAGGCAAUAAGAGGUCGACAAGCAUUUGGGUUUGGAUAUGAAUAACCAUGCUUAGCAUUGCAAAAUCAAGGGUUUGUUCUACAUGAGAAUACUUAGAAAUAAUUCAGCUAAUUGAUGAUCAUGGUGUUUGUGAUGCGCUGUCCUUUGUCGAGUUAAAGAUGGGUCGAAACUUGACUUGAUAGCAACUUAUUCUGCGACACAAACAUCCGCAAAUAACAUGAGUUACCCUGACUAUUGUGCACUGGUUAACAGUAACCUACUGGAGAGGGAUCACUUGUAUUGAUUCCUCGCUGUGUGUCAGUAAAUCUUUUGAAAAGUCAGACAGUCUUCCAGAGGUGAUGUUCACCGAAUAACGAUAACGACACGGGAAAUGCUUUUUCCAAGUUUCUCUGAAUGUAUUAACUGAAAAAUAAUCAGUCAAAUUAUGCUACAUGGUGAAACGUAGGGAUUUUAUUUGUCGCUGUUCUAACACUCCCGUGGUGACUCACUGAGCUCCGUCACUGCUACAUGCCUUGUAAACUUGUAUAAAUCUGUUGUCAUAUUUAAUUCUACGGUAUAAUUCUGACGACUGUUGUUAAUGAUGUUCUCGUGUCUGACGUAUUCUUUGCUGAAUGCUAGAGCACAGUUUUCUGUUUAUUUGGAGUGAGUUGUAUUUUGUUUAAAUGUGGAAUGCUCUAUCGUAAUAAUUUAUGCUCUGGUUCAGUCGUGAAUAGUUUCAUAUUCUGUCUGCCUGAUGCACCAAACAAGGUCAUCUUCUGCUGUACACUCACUGAAAAGAUACUGUCUUUAUCUGUACAUGACAGCCAGAUAUCUGUCACCAUUUUGCUCACUGAAAUGUUAGCCACAGAAAGCUAUAUUGCAAACAACAGUAGCUUAUAUUUUGGGGAAUGUAGAUCCUUUACAACCUUUAUAGGAAAUGAUUUGUACUUAAAAACUCCUCAAUGCUGCCCAGUAGCCAUAUUGAUAUAUGGAACAGAAGAUAACCAAAACGUAUAUUUUGAAAUACUUUUCUAUUCAGCGCGUCACAGUAGACCCUCAGAAUGUUCUUUAUUCUGGCAUCUGAUGUCUCCCCUCCAAGGUAACCAAAUCAGGUAAAAGAUACAGGAAGAUGUAAGUUCUGAAGGUUGUUGGCUUGUGCCUCGUACUUUGUUAAUCAUGUGCAUCUGACAUUCACUUUACUCAUCAGACUGAGAAGCUCAUAGUGAGCACUGGCGCUCCUGCAAAUUUUUCAUAGGGGUCGCCAGAGGGGGCCACUGAAAAUCCAACCAAAAGUCAUAACUGAAUAUCAGGAAUUCCAUUAUGCUGUUUUAGUAGUCUACAGGCUGGUUGAAAACUAUGUCAAUAUGGAGAGUUAAGGAAUAGCAUGCUAAUGUACUUUGGUUUCUAGUUUGACAGUUAAUAUUACUAAUUAUCUGAUGUUUCAUUGUUCAUUCAUUUUCUGUAACCGCUUAUCCUGUUAGGGCUUGUCAGGGGGCUGGAGCCUAUCCCAGCUGACAUUGGGUGAGAGGUAGGGUACACCCUGGACAGGUCACCAGACUAUCACAGGGUUGACACAUAGAAACAGACAACCAUUCACACUCACAUUCACACCUACAGCCAAUUUAGAGUCACCAAUUAACCUGACGUGCAUGUCUUUGGACUGUGGGAGGAAGCUGGAGAACCCGGGAAAACCCAUGCUGAGAGGGAGAACAUGCAAACUCCACACAGAAGGGCUCCCCCACCCCGAACCCUCUUGGUGUAAGGCAACUAUCCUGUUUUGAUUUGUUAUGAAUCUGUACAUGUGUUAGGGGAUUCAUUGUUGGCUAUCCUUUUAUUUAAAAAGACAAAUAUACAGAUUUAUUUUAAGGGGUACAUUGAUUGUAAGGAGCAAAACAUUAACUGGAAAAAAGUCCUCUCAAGUUUACUUAUGGGUACCCAUAGAAUAUCUUUUUUCAUUCAGAUAUCUUCAAGUGAAAGUUCAACCCCUUUGAAAAUGAUCAUGUCAGUUUUUCCCCUUGUCAAAAUUUUGGCCAAAUUUGGAGGGUUAUUUAGCCCCCAUCCCAACAAGCUAUGCCGGCACAGGUGGUACCAACUGAUGCCUUGUUGUCUAGUUUGGCAAGAUACCAUUACCUUUGUAAUAGCUUUAAAAAUGAGGGCGCCACAGCCUCUUAAAGAUAGUUUGGUCAGGAACACUUUAGUCAAACAAAACUUUAUUUUCAUUUGCAGUAUUAUAUUUGAUGGUAUGGCUCUGUCUGGGAGAGCGCACCUCCCUGCCCUUCCAUGCGCCUACAUGGAAACUCUAAGGCAGUGAGAGCAAACCUUCCUGCCCUUCCAUGUGCCUACAUGGAAAGCCUAAGGCAGGGAGAGCAGCAGCAAAGACCCCCUGGGAACAGAACAGAGCAGCAUCAAUGACAAACAGAAGUGACAUUGGUAAAUCAGACACAGCAUGAAAAGGAGGAGCUGGGGUGGAGGUGGGUUGCAAAGCAGCUUGCAGAGGAAGCAGCAACAGUAGGCAGGCCAGAGCAGUUUAAAUAGCGCAUCCUGAAUGAGAUCGGCCAAUUGGUUGCAUAGACAGGAAUCAUGUGAUCUAUCAGCUGACUCCCUUUCAUCAAUCGGCUGCUCCAUCAGCUGAUUGGGCUGUUUGAGAUCAGCUGAUGUAGCUUGGAUGUGAGCUGAGCUUGACAUUGUGUCCUGCCUGAACUAACGCUAUGCUCAAUUAAUGUUGGUCUCUAAUCAUUUUUGCAAGUGGGGCUAGUGGGGGCGCAGCAACUUUACCAGCCCCCUGCCCCCUGUUCCCCCCUUGGGGAUGUCACUGAUCUUUUUUUUUUAAUCAAAAAAAAAAAAAAAAAAGGAUAUAGAAAUAGUAUUAAAAUUAUUCUGCUGUGCUAGUGCCAUAAAAGAAAUGUGCUUAAAUCCAUUUCAUUCUGUAACAUGGAAGAAAUGGGCUUUCACCAUCCCUGGUUUCACUGUUUAACAUAUAGUGCUCAGUUGUGGCUGUACCACAUGUGUACAGUCUAUGUGCUGUACAUACCACAAGGGUCCGGCUAUUAGUAUGCCAGAGGCACAACACUGAGAUGCAUAAACACACUGCCAGCAGCACAGCUACAGUACAACACCACAGAAGGUACAACACCACAGAAUCUGUUUGGUGUUUUUUUUCAGUCAAGCAUCUGAUACCUAUUCUGACGACACUGACCUCCAGUCAGCGUCGUCAGAAAGUCUUUCAUACAGCAGUGCAGCAGCUGUGUCCCUUUAUCUGCUGUUGUCAGCUGUUAACUGUUAAAGCUCAUGUGAAGUAGGUCUAAAAGUGAGCAGAUCAUCACUUGCACAACAUCGUAUGAGCCAUAUGUGAGAGUUGCUGGCAGUACAACCAACCACUCAGCAAAGCCAGGUGUAUUAUUUCAUAUUCAAAGUAGACAUGAAGCACAUUUAGAGUCACUAGCACAUUUAGAAACGCAGGUUCUCCUCUGUGAAAACUGAAACUCUGUCACACUGUUGAUUUUUAUCAGUAACAUAGCUCUAAGGUUUUAACCCUGCUUGAGCUGGACUGCUGGACUAACUGACAGAAGUGUUCAAGUAAAGAAAAAGUUUGAUCCAGAGCCAUUUAUCUCUUUGUAGAAAUAGAUAGAAGCUAUGCUGCAGUCAAACUAAUGAAAAGGAGUCUAGUUUUUACCUACACAGGUCUACUGAUCACAUUUUGCAUUAUACAGUUUCCUCUGCAGGUAACCUAACCCAGCAAUAACAUCACUGACAAAUAACACAAACAUACUGUAACACAUGUGGUUACUGAGCCGAAGUUAAAUCUUUAAAGUGUGUGAAGAAAUGUAGAAAAUGUGCCUCAGUACACCUCGAUGCUUCCAGCUUGCUGAAUGUAACAUAUCCUCUCCCUUCUGCAUGGCUUUCACAACUACUCAAAAAUAGCUUUGUUGUUUUUACUAUGUCACUAUUUCAGACGGUCAUAUUUCUGUGGGCUUUUAUUUCUUUUGUACUCGCUUUGAGAGAGACCUCAGCUUUUCAUUGGAGAAGAGCUGUGAGGUUUUUAAAUGCUCAAUAUUGAUUGAUAGUUUCUCUUUUUGCAGUUUCUGUUUUUGCUGAAAAAUUAAUAAAACUACUUAAACUAU